CCCCGGCGCGCCCCUUCCCGGGGGCCGCUGACGCCCCCAGCCCCCCAUUUCCAGGGUGUCGCCCGCAGCCCUGCGCGGUGGGGCCUGGCUGUCUCAGCGGCUGGUUGCGGGCGGGAGCGCGGGCCCGCCCCCGCGGCCCUCGGCGACCCUGCGCGGCCGGCCUCCGUCCGCGCCCGGAACCGCGCUCGAGGACGGCUGAGGCCGCAGGAGUGGUUGGAAGGACAAUGCGUGUAAGUCUUUGACACCAUGAUAUCCAUCAGACAAAGAAAAGGAAUAAAAACCACAGAAGUUUCUGAGGAUUAUGCAGCACAAGAGGAAAAUGUGAAAUUGGAAAAUAAAUUGCCAUCUGGUUGUACCAGUGGAAGAUUAUGGAAGAUUCUGUCAUUUACAAUUGGUGGAACAGUUGCCCUGUGCAUUGGACUUCUUACGUCUGUCUACCUGGCCACUUUACAUGAAAAUGAUUUAUGGUUUUCUAAUAUUAAGGAAGUGGAGCGAGAAAUCUCCUUCAGAACAGAAUGCGGACUGUAUUACUCCUACUACAAGCAAAUGCUGCAGGCUCCAACCCUCAUGCAAGGUUUUCAUGGCUUAAUGUAUGAUAACAAAACCGAAUCUAUGAGGACAAUUAACCUCCUUCAACGAAUGAAUAUUUACCAAGAGGUCUUUCUCAGUAUUUUAUAUAGAGCUCUACCCAUACAGAAAUAUUUAGAGCCAGUUUAUUUUUAUAUUUACACUUUAUUUGGACUCCAAGCAAUCUAUGUCACAGCGCUUUACAUAACCAGCUGGCUCCUUAGUGGUACAUGGCUGUCAGGACUAUUGGCAGCUUUCUGGUAUGUCACCAAUAGAAUAGACACUACGAGGGUUGAGUUCACCAUCCCGUUGAGGGAGAACUGGGCGCUGCCGUUCUUUGCGAUUCAGAUAGCAGCAAUUACGUAUUUCCUGAGGCCAAACUUGCAGCCUCUUUCUGAAAGGCUGACACUUCUUGCCAUUUUCAUAUCAACUUUUCUCUUUAGUCUGACAUGGCAAUUUAAUCAGUUCAUGAUGCUGAUGCAAGCGUUAGUGCUGUUCAUCCUGGACUCCUUGGACAUGCUGCCAGCGGUGAAGGUGACAUGGCUGUAUGGUAUACAGAUAACAGGUUUGCUCCUGGUCUGCGUUCUUCAGUUUCUUAAUUCCAUGAUUCUUGGAUCAUUGCUUAUCAGUUUUAACCUUUCAGUAUUAAUUGCAAGAAAACUUCAGAAAAAUCUGAAAACUGGAAGCUUCCUUAAUAGACUUGGGAAACUUUUGUUACAUUUAUUUGUGGUUUUAUGUUUGACGCUUUUUCUCAACAACAUUGUUAAGAAAAUUCUUAACCUGAAGUCAGACGAACACAUAUUUAAAUUUCUGAAGGCAAAAUUUGGGUUUGGAGCAACAAGAGAUUUUGAUGCAAAUCUGUAUCUGUGUGAAGAAGCUUUUGGCCUCCUGCCUUUUAAUACAUUUGAAAGGCUUUCAGAUACUCUGCUCUUUUAUGCUUACAUAUUUGUUCUGUGCAUCACAGUGAUUGCAGCGUUAGCUGUAGCCUUCCAUAAUCUCAGUGAUUCUACAAAUCAGCAAUCCAUGAGCAAAAUGGGAACGUGCACAAUCGGCCUGAGACCAGAAGCUGCCUACAACUUAAUACAUACCAUUCUGUUCGGAUUCUUGGCCUUGAGUACAAUGAGAAUGAAAUACCUCUGGACGUCACACAUGUGUGUGUUUGCGUCAUUUGGCUUAUGCAGCCCUGAAAUAUGGGAGUUACUUCUGAAGUUGAUCCAUCUUUAUAACCCAAAGAGGAUCUGUAUAAUGCGAUAUUCGGUACCGAUAUUAAUACUCCUGUAUCUGUGCUAUAAGUUCUGGCCAGGAAUGAUGGAUGAACUCUCCGAGUUGAGAGAAUUCUAUGAUCCAGAUACAGUGGAGCUGAUGAACUGGAUUAACUCUAACACUCCAAGAAAGGCUGUGUUUGCUGGAAGCAUGCAGUUGCUGGCCGGAGUGAAGCUGUGCACGGGAAGGACCUUAACCAACCACCCGCACUACGAAGACAACAGCCUGAGAGAGCGGACCAGAGCGGUUUAUCAGAUAUACGCGAAGAGGUCUGCAGAGGAAGUGCACGCCCUCCUGAGGUCCUUUGGCACCGACUACGUAAUCCUGGAAGACAGCAUCUGCUACGAGCGAAGGCACCGCCGGGGCUGCCGUCUGCGGGACCUGCUGGACGUUGCCAAUGGACACGUAAGCACGCCAUCUCGCCGCGUGCGGGGAGAUUCCACUUGGAAUCCUAAGCGAUAUGAUGGAUGGCCCAGGAGAGAAUGAUCCUGAUUUGAAACUUGCCGGCCACCCUCGCUUCUGUGAAGAGAUAAAAAGAAACCUGCCUCCCUACACAGCAUACUUCACGAGAGUGUUUCAGAACAAAACGUUCCACGUUUACAGGCUGUCCAGAAGCAAGUGACAGAGCUUUCUGUGCAGUCUCCAUUCUGAUACCUGAAACUCCAUCGUAAUGGAACUCAGUAGGUGACAUUUUAGCCGUGGUUAGGUGGCUGUACCUUAACGCUGUGACGCAGUGAGUUCUACAGAGGUUUACCCCAGUGUUACUACCCUUGGAAGCAGCUUAUACAAGCUAAGUCUUUCUCGUCUUGUCUCAUGAAUGUUCUUUAGCCUGAAUGUUCUCAGCUUUCUAAGAGUGAUCUGUGAUUUUGUGUUGGGGGGAACAGUAAGUGUUCGUGGGUAGUCUGAACAGCCACGUAUCAUGUUGAAAAUCCAGAGCCUGUUCAGGACUUGAAAUACUUUUAAUUUUCAGUUGACUUAAGACAGCUAUGGUUGAAUCUUCUUGAGGGGAUGCAUAAUUAAAUUAUUUAAUAUUAUUUCACUAAUGAAGACCAUGUGCUGGCUUUUUUAAAAAAAGCUUUGUAUUGUCCUGUUUCACCUAAAAAUUUUAUAAUAUUUUCCAAGUGUCACUCUUUUAAUAUUUCAGAAAAUCAUGUCAGGUCUUUGUAUGUAUCUAAAACUUUUUGUUGUGCUCUGUCUGAACUGUAACAUGUAGUAUGUGCCAUGUAUUGUGUGUGUGCAUGUGCGUGUGCGGGCAUGUUCCAUACUGUGAGUCCUUAAAGGAACAGAAAUGUUAUGCAGCCAAGUAGAAUUUGUUACUGUUUAGUAUUAUUUUAAAACCUAUUGAUACUAUUUAACCUAUCCUGCAAGUAAGAAAAUUUUCCUUUAUUUCUUAACUCAUUUAAAUUUACUGGGUUUGCAGAAUUUUGUAAACUUUUUGUUUUUAGCCUUUGUAUUUUUUACAGCCUAGAACCUUGUAAAGUCUGAAUAUUUUUUAAAUGUUGUAUCUUAACUAAUUCACUAAUACACUAUUUUUGGCAGAGAGCAUUUUCAUACCAAGUUUGAUUUGUGGUCUCCAGUCUUCCUGUGAGGGCCCUGGUGGCGUCAUUCUUUUCCUUACUAAACAGUAACCAAGUGCCUCUGGGUCAUGCUGAUGUGUAAACAACAAAGAAGGUUGUGUGUACCUCCUCAAAAAUUUUUGAUAAUUGCUUUUAUAAUUAAUUUCUAAUGAUGGGAACAUGUAAAAGUUGCUGAUAAGAGCAUAUUGUGCAUUUAAUUAAAUCAAGAUGGCUAAUGAAAUUGACUUCCUCCCCUCUUCUUGCCAGUUGGAAAUGAUUUAAAUGUUUCUCCUUGAAGUUGUAUUGAAGUAAAUUACCAUAGGCAUCAAGAUGGAUAUAUCACAUGUUCAAAUGACUUUAUAUCCAGUUACUACUUAGUAAGCAGUAUUCAAAAAGAAAUUUUACAUUGUCGUGUCAUGUUGGACUCAAGGAUAGUUGGCUUUUAUCAAAACUUAUUUGAAUGAAAAAAUUGACGGUAGCUGGGUUAUUAAAUUAUACAACUGAAACUCCUGAAUUAUAUCUUUCCUGCAUCCCUUAAUAAGGUUGGAGACCACUGCAGUUUAGGAUCGUAUAAUAAUCAGACAUUUUAAUCAGCACUAGAACUGUAAUGAAGCCAGUCCGACGAUGCAUGCCUGUUGUUGCUGACAGCAUGGGUCAGUACGUCCUCAGCCAGUGCCUUACUCCAAAGGAAAGCAAGCACAUGUAAGGUACAACCUGUUAGACUGUGUUGUUUCAUUUUUAAAAUGCCCUGUUACUUUCUCAGAUAUACUUCAGUUUAUUUGAAAUGUUCCUAUAUGCACUAAUCUAAGCAUUUGGGUAUUUGGAGUCUCAAUAUACAGGGAAGAUGUAGUUAAAUUUUGAUUCUUUUCCUGACCGCAUUGAUGGGAUCCAGUAACCGUUUUUCAUGUUUAGGUGCCAUUGUUGCCAAAACACUGAGUGUUCAGUCUUUAGUGAAAAAUAUAAAGUGCCAAAAAAAUCUUGCAAGACAGAAUCCAUGCAUACUUUCCAAGACACUGUGACCAUGUAUAGUAGGCAUUUUUAUUUCCUAAUGACCAAAUCUCUCAAUGAGUCAUGUUAAAUAUUUUUAUUACUCGUCAAUAUUCUCUCUUAUGACCUUCUCAUUGGAGUACACGGAAGGAAGGAGGGAAAGCGACUGACUCCUGGCUCUCUACCAAGCCAAAGCAAGGGACUGCGGCCUCGGCUCCCGCCACACAGAUCACAGCUCUUGGGGGCUGUGUUGAUUCGGUGAUAGCCUCAAAUUGUGGCUGUUGUUGAUGGAUAGAAUAACCACUUGAUUUUGCUUCCGAGCUGGCAUUCAGAAGAACCUCGAAGUACAAUAAGUGCUCUUAAUUACCCUCUGCUUCCGUGACUCCUCAGAGCCCUUGGCGGUCUCCAUCCCUCUUGUAAGCUGACUGUCUGCCUAGCACGCUGGGGCUGCUCCCUGCUGUUCUCACAAGCUUCUGCCCCCUCUCGUGAGUGCUGUGCCCCUACCAGAUUUCUCUGUGCCAGUUCCACUUCUGACUGUAAGUACACAAUUCAACACACACCUAGGAAAUGUGGCUGUAAAAAGAAAGGGUUAUUUCUGCCAAGAUUAACUUGAAUGUUUUGGUAAGAUUUGAUAAAGAUCGAGUUGCUAAUAAAAAUUGCUUUUAAUUAGGUGGUGUUGGGGAAAUUAUAAAAUACUAGGAAAACAUAAAAUUCAGGAAAAUUUCUGAGCUUAUAUUGCUUCAUAGAUUUAUUUAAGUAUUCAUUCCACCUUUAAAAAAUCUAGACUGAUCAGAAGGUCUUAAAAUGUACCCAAAUCAUAUUAUUGGUAUGAUUUAUUCAAGAACAGAACUACAGUCAUUGGACCCUUGUGCAAAGGAAAGGCCUUGGCUUUACAUCAAAAGAUGAGCCAACGAAUGUACAUUACGCAUUUAAAGGUAAGGUUCCCUACUGUAACCUGCCUACUCCAUUAAAUGACCAACUGCUGAUACUGAUCACAGUGGCUAAGAGAGAUUCUACUGCAGUUGAAAGGCUCCAGUCUCUUUUAUUACAGACUUAAAAAAUAGGGCCUCCUUUCAGCUGUGCUAGCCAGAAGCGUAGUUGUUAUCUAGGGGUUUGUUAUCCCCUCGAAGAUGAUUUUCCUGACCUCUGUGAGAUCACCUAGAUAAACGUGUGUUGUGUGGGUGGGUGCCCCCAGGUGGCAAGGACAUAUGUAGAGAUCUGGUCUGCAUUUUUACUUCACAAUUAACUAAAAAACGGUUUAUUCUGAUUCCACAUAAACUUUGUCUAAUUUUAGUUCAUCUUUGGCCAAAACCUACCUGAAUUAACAUAGAAAUGUUCCAUUUUUAAAAUUUCAUUGAAACCUGAGAAUUAAUAGGAAGACACUGCAAUGUUUUCAGAUCAUGUAUCUUGGUUAAUAUGCUCCCAAAUGCUUUACAUAUUACAAACUUUUGGCCUAGAAGAAAGUGCUUGUUUGUUCAUGGGAAAGAAGACUUAAGGCGAAAGAGUGGCUCACUUUCUUGUGGCAUUGAUUUUCUGUAUUUAACAUCCUCUGGACUAAAAUCUUACAAAGAGCUUUUAUAAUCUGUUGUCCUGAAUUGUGUGGAGAUUACCUACUAAAUAAAGCUCUCUUAAGUUACACAA